UUAUCGUAUUAGCAACUAGAAACACUUAAAAUAUCCUUAUUACUGCGUUUACUUGCCAAAUAUACAAAGGUGUAUGAUAGAAACGACCCGAGUGACAAUUAACUGGCAUUGGACCCGAACGAAAUGAAAAUAUGACAGCCAAAUGAGACCAAUUAUAAUGUAUGAAAAGGGACUAUAUAUUCAAGCGUUGAAACAAGACUGUUCGAUGUUAAACAGCAUACAUGUACAAGUCGUAAACAAGUACUCAUCAUAUUACAUUGAUUUUAAUAUUUAAACUGAACAGCAUGGGGAUAACAUCGUAUAUCAUUGCGACUGCUUGUCUUGCGAUUCUUGUCAAUUAUGUCGUGAAACUAUUGCAACUAAUGCGUAAGAGGCAGAGAGAUGAAAUUGGCCUGAAGGACUUUCCUGGUCCGAAAGCCCAUUGGCUUUAUGGAAAUCUUCACCAGAUGGUCGACAUAACUAAGAUUUUGCCUCUAAUCAAUGAAUGGACAACAAAAUAUGGUGGGAUGUUACGCAUUAAAAUUGGCCCAUUCCUCACAGCGUUACGAUUUGCAGCUCCAGAUUCCCUUAAAAAAAUCUUGGCUACUGCAGAUCCAAAGGAUUCCUUUAGUUAUGGCUUCAUAAGAGCAUGGAUAGGUGACGGCCUACUACUUAGUAAAGGAAAGAAAUGGUUCAGAAACAGGAGAUUGUUAACCCCGGCCUUUCACUUUGAUAUUCUUAAACCCUACAUGGAAGUAUUUAGUAAUUCCUCCCAGAUCAUGGUGAAUAAAUGGAAGGGUAUGAUUAAAAAUGGCAACAACUCCCUGGACAUGUUUGAGCACGUCAGUCUCCAUACUCUGGACAGCAUACUGAAGUGCGCCUUUGGAUACGAGAGUAAUUGUCAACUAGAAGGAAAUCGCAAUCCAUACAUUCAAUGUGUGUACACAAUAACACAGUUGGUAACCAAGAGGUUCCGUUUCUUGCCUUAUCACAAUGACAUCAUCUAUUACCUCAGUCCCCAAGGAUUCCAGUCUAGAAAGGCUAUUAACUUUGCCCAUGAUUUCACUAAAGGAGUUAUAAAAAAGAGGAAACAAGUAUUAGAAAAUAAGGGAGCUGAAAAUGGAGACGGGGGCAAAAGGAGGUACUUAGAUUUCCUCGAUAUGCUUCUGCAAACAAAGGAUGAAGAUGGCAAUGGAUUGACAGAUCAGGAAAUCCAGGAUGAAGUUGACACGUUUAUGUUUGAAGGACAUGAUACAACAGCCAGUGGUAUAUCGUGGUUUCUCUACAACUUGGCACGACAUCCAGAGAUCCAAGAACGUUGCAGACAGGAGGUCAUUGACCUAAUAGGGGACCGUGAGCACUUUACAUGGGAUGAUAUGUCCAAGUUACCAUAUCUUACAAUGUGCCUGAAGGAAAGUAUGAGACUUCAUCCACCUGUUCCAAAUACUUCGCGGCGAACAAUUAACCCAAUUGAGUUCCCCGAUGGACGUAUCGUCCCAGCAGAUACAUGGGUUGGCAUUGGUAUAUAUGCAGUACAUCACAAUCCUGCUGUGUGGGAGGAUCCGGAGACGUACGAUCCUGAACGGUUUAACCUUGAUACCGCUGAGAAGCGACCUCCACAUGCAUUCAUUCCAUUUUCUGCUGGUCCAAGGAAUUGCAUCGGACAACACUUUGCGAUGAGCGAGAUGAAAAUAUGUGCUGGGAAUGUUCUCCGGAACUUCAAACUUGAAGUCGACAACACAAAACCCGUGGUUCCGGUUCCAGAAUUAAUUCUGAGAUCAAAAGGCGGUUUAUGGCUGAACAUAACACCUCUCUAGACCCUAUAUACUUUGAAGAAGUUAGCAUACAGUAACACGACAGUUGUACUUCAGUCUGUGCAACAACGGCGGAAUA